GAUGAACCCUGCGUGGCGCCUACUUGGUGGUUAUUGUCAAACGGAGCUCACCUCAAGAGCAGUGAGAUCUCGAUGGCUCAAGAUUUACUGACGAAGAAAUUGAAUGAUGAUCCCACCAGGAAGAAUAACCCCAACAGGAAGGAUGAGACCACCAGAAAGUUGAUCGGAGUACUGCUUGAAAACCCACCAAAGAUCAAAAAUCCUCCACAGACAGAUGAUACUUACCACGUACCACAGUUGCCAGAGUGGAUUAGUGAACCACUGGAGUCUUUCGGCAGCCAGAGCACCAUCGUGGAUUUUUAUUGCCCGAAAAGCAGCGUCGAGUUUCAGCUCAAGAGACGACCGAUGAAGGAACUGAUCUAUGAAGGCAACAAAGGGCCGAAUGGUAUCAUGAAAGACGUACAAAAUGACUUCAAUGAGUUGGCCAAAUUCAAGGAGCGACUUGAUUCUGAGCUUAAGAAGAUCGAUGGAAACUCCUCGUCAAAAGACCCCACAAAACCCCUUGCCCCAGACCCGGACAGUCGUACAAAGACUAAAAGCCAAGAUGUGAAACCAACAGCAUCGGUGAAGCAACCAAAUAAUAAAGCCCCAGGGAAAACCGACCAGCCUUUAUCAAAGGAAGGCAAUACAAAGAGCAAGGCAGGGGAAGAAGAGAAACAGAGUCCCCAAGAUUUCAGAUGGAUACACGUCCCCGCAACAUAGAAAAGUGAUUGAGCACCUCAUGACGAGGAUCGCAAUGGAUUCCAAGAAAACACAGCAGGAUCUGGAUAGCAUACUUGGCUAUCUCAAGCGAAGCUGGAUUGAGGUUCCUGCCGGCGGGGGUAGGCGUUAUCUUCAACCACAAUAUCAGGUAUGGCGGAAC